CACACAGAGACACACACAGAGCAGACAGAGAGAGAGAGACACACACACACAGACAGAGAGACACACACACAGCGACAGACAGACAGGUAGAUAUCGAGACGCGUGCACAGAGUAGCGCCGGCGAUGUCCACGCCGCCGUUCAACAUCUCGGACGAGGAGCGGCUCGCCGCCAAUGUAAGCGGCGUCGCGACUCCGACGGGCCACGACGUUCCGGCCGGGGUGAACUUCGUCGCUCUCUCAGCCCUCAUGGGCAUCACGUCGACUCUGUCCAUCGCGCUCAACGGGCUGGUCGUCGUCGUGACGCUCCGCUCCAGGCUCCUGCGGCGACCGCUCAACUACGCGCUGGUGAACUUGGCGUGCGCCGACCUGGGCAUCUCGCUCAGCGGCGGUGUCAUCACGACAGCGAGCAACGCGCGGGGAAGAUUUGACCUGGGGCCAGCGGCGUGCGUCGCCGAUGGCUUUCUGGUGGCGGUGUUCGGCAUGACGGCGCUCAUCACGGUUUGCGUGCUCGCCGUGGAGCGCUACGUGGUGGUCUGCAAGCCGCUCGGCGGCGUGCACUUCGGCACGCAGCACGGCCUAUGCGGAGUGGCCAUCUCGUGGACUUGGGCCCUCGCGUGGAGCGCGCCGCCUCUCUUCGGCUGGGGACGCUACCACUACGAGGGCGUGGGCACGUCCUGCGCGCCCGACUGGGCCGACAGCAGCCCGUCGGGACGCAGCUACAUGACCACGUACUUCAUCUUCUGCUUCGCGCUGCCCAUGAUCAUCAUAUUGUUCUGCUACACCAAGCUGAUGAUCGCCAUACACAAGGUCUCAAAGCUUGGCUUGAGUGCCAAUGACACAGCCGAGAGGAAGGUCGGAAUCAUGGUGGUCGUGAUGGUAUUUGCCUUCUUCCUCUGCUGGCUGCCUUACGCUGCACUGGCCAUUGCUGUUGUCAUCAAGCCGGACCUGAAGGUAUCCCCUGUCACCGCCUCUAUUCCGGUUUACUUGGCCAAGUCGAGUGGUGCUUACAACCCCAUCAUAUACAUCUUCAUGCACAGACAGUUCCGGGAGCACAUCUCACGCAUAUUUUGUGACCAUCGUAACCAAAGCAGCAGAAUAAAACCCGAAGAGAACACGAUGCAGAGGCUACAGCCCGCUUAAAGUCACCGGGAUCACUCGGAAUGGAUGAAGAAAUCUUUUAAGCCAAGGUUUAACGUUAACAACACACCCGCAUACACUGAGAUUCAGAUAUACACUGCUUGAUUUGAAGCUUUCGUGACUGCAGGAAUCCAUACCCUCUGGUUCUUUCAGUAAAGUCACGUAGAUAGAAUAAAAUAAAACAUUAUUCUAUUAUUGUUUUAUAUCGACGUGACUUUACCGAGUGAAUCAGAGUGUAUAUACACUGCUCUUUAUCAAUCCAUUGCCGGAUUAAUGCCUCCCCCCAAACUCACUCAGUCAUGACUCCUUGUGACCGCUGAUAUUCUCCCUUUGGUGUUUGUGAGUGUGGGUUGAUGAAGAGGGAGGAACCCAGGGCGGGUUCAGAUAUCACUCGCCACUGAUGAAGGGGCAGGGAUACAAACUCAGUUUGGCGGGUUCAUAGCACGGUGCGCUAAUCACUGCGCCACCACUCCUCCCCAUAGACUAAGUAUUGUAAAGUACUGCCACUAUCAUAUGGUUUAUAUUCGAUGUUUGCAUGUUGAACUUCUUUUGCAUCGUACGUAGCCAACCGUCCUAAUUGGAGAUUGUGUCUUUGUGACGUCUAGAUUUUUUGGCGAUUGGCUUUGGAUUUUUGCCAGAAAGAAAACUUUUCUCGGUGAUGUUGAAAAAUAACAGUUGUGUGUUUUUUUCGUCGACAUUUCUACUGUAAUAUGAACACCUCCGAACGCAUCUAUCACGACCCCUUCUUGUGCAGUUUAGGACAUUUCAUGAGCAAGCCUUGUGCAUGUUGUGGGAAAUUUUUCAUUUCGCUUGAGAUCACUUAAUAAUCAGUGUUUCAUAGUCAUGUGCUUGUGAGAUUGUUAUGAUCUUUCACAAUAUGUAGCGAGUGGUGAUGGCAUCUCUGCCAGUGAUUGCAAAAUAAACGUUUAAUUGUGUUACAUAAUUGAUAUGUAGAAGUAGCCGAUGCUAUUUUCCUCAAAGUGUUUGAUCUAUUUUGUGUCUCUGUAUAUAUAAAGUAUAUACCUAGGUAUUACUGUCGUGAAUGACUUGGAAUUGUUUAUUUUGUAAACACAAGGCAAAACAUAUAUAGUAGUUGUGUUUGCGGAGCUACAGAAAUGUUAUGUGGCACAAUAUUUAUUUAUUUUCAGGUGGGACAAAUACGGGGCUUAAUUUAUCGUUCAAUUUGUGAAACGCUGCUAAGCUUGGCUUGGAGUGGGCUGGUACUACCACUGUCACUAUUAUAGCAGCGAAUUCAUAAUAACCCUAAACAGUCCUGUAUUAUUCUACCAUAUAUCUUAUACUCCUAUAAAGAUGUUGAUAACAAUUACGAGGGGAAAACUCUAUUAUUAUAACAAUUACAAGGACAAAAUAAGGCAAGAUGGAUGUAGUGUGUCAAAAAAUAAUCCUGGAACAAGGUUCUUGGACUGUUCCGAAUUAAGUGCUGGCUCAAUGUAUCGAGAUUCAUUGCAAAUCUGGCUGUCGCCUGAUGAAGCUAGUUGUAAUUACUGGCGAAACGUCAUACUCAGAUUGUAAAUGUUGUGGCUUGGCUCUCCAACACACAACCGGUUAGUGCUGUACUAGUGACGAA